AUGCAGUUUUCUAUGCCAACGGCCGUAGAGCGCGUACCUGAGAAUUCGACCGCUAAUGGAGACCAGGAACAGGAGCUAGAGGAGGCAUUAUUGCGACUAGCUGCACGCAUGAAACAGAACGUGGCUACAGGCGAUCGACGUCGUCACAUCUUUAAGAAAUACCGUGAUUGCUUUACGGGAAUGGAGGCUGUCGACUGGAUGUUGGAGCAAAUGGAAGCCAAGAGUGUCGCGGAGGCCGUACGCAAAGGUCAAGGUCUGUUGUCUCAUCACUACAUUGAAAAGGUGGAAAAGGAGACAAAGUUUGAGUACAAUAAGAAGAAAUUCUACCGUUUUACAGCCACGACACCAGAAUUCGUACAGGCUGUAGAGCGCCCGUUGCCCUGUGCCACGCUCGACUUACCACUGAGUGCUGCGGCACGACGACGUACCCUCGCGGCGCUGAUCGGCGGCUUUGUAGCUGACGCGGCUUCGACUUCACUUAAUGGCGUUUCACAUCCGGAAAAGACGAUUCCUAAUCUGCUGCGACUGGACUUUGAUCCAGCUUUCUGCGGUCUCUAUGGUACGAGUGACGGCAGUGACAAGAAAGGGGGACGGGCGAGAAUGGAGUCGUCUACGGGCUUUGAAGCUCGCAUAUUACUGCAGUGCAUAGCACGGCGAGGGCAUAUUCAUGGCUCGCAGCUGGCUAAGGACGCGUAUUGGGGAUUCAAGAACGACCAUCGACUGCUCAGCGCGUCGUCCAGAGCGUUCAUCAAACGGGUACAUAAUGGCAAGGGAUGGCCGCAUUGCGCCGUCAAGUGUCGUUCGAUUGACGUGCUCUCGCUAAUUCCUAUUGUGGUUGCACUUUAUGCUGGUACCAACCAGUUGUUCACCAAAGUGGAUGAGCUCGUGAAGGUGUUUUAUGUUGGCACCCGUGUCCGUGAUGCGGCACUGGUGGCCGCAUUUGUUCUGGAGCAGGUGAUUCUUGGAGCUUCUGUUCUCCAGGCUAUGCGUAUGAGCAUUCGCACAGAACGACUUAGCGUUAAGCAACGAAAGGUUAUCUUCAAGGCUUUUACAAAGUCACAGCUGCCGAGUUACGAAGCUAUUCAGAAAUUUGGCAACAGAGGCUCCCUCCCUGGUGGCUUUCACGCGGUGUUGCAGCCGCUUUUUGUGCUAAAUGACUACCCUACUGCUGUCCGCGAAAACAUUAUUGGAGGUGGGCGCACUUGUCGGCGUGCCAUGUUCAUUGGUGCUUGCUUUGCUGCCCAGGACGGCCUGGACGUCAUCCCCGAAGGAUGGAUUCAAAAGACGCAGUACUUUGACUUUAUUGAGGCGGAUGCGAGCAGUCUUGUGAGACGCCGUGAAGUACAGGGCUCUUUUACCGAUGAAGACGAGGAAGACCGUCUUGCCGCGUACGUGGAUUACGUUCCAAGGUCAUCCGUAUCUUCGUCCCGUCACAUCGAGGUUGUCGAGUCGACUCGCGGUAGUAACUCUUUUGCCGCGUCUUCUUCAAAAGUCAACGGUGAAGCGGCGGACAUUGCACCUGAAUUGCCGCCUGAGGGAAUGACAUCAGUUACAUCGAGGCGCUCCUCUGGACCUAUCCGUUUUCGUUCCAACAGCUAUGCGUCCUCGGGUGGUCUUUCAUCGCCGCGCUCGGUUGCGUCCAACUUCUCGUAUGCAUCACAGACCACCACGGCCUCAAGUGUGCGCUCUGUCAUUGACUUGGGAGACAUGGACAAAUUUUACCAAAGUGGCGUGGGCAACGCGCUACCAACGUCAUCUACCCCGCGUUCCAGUGGCGGUACCGACGGACGAUUGAGUUUUGAGAUGCAAAAGUUCUUUCAGGCUUAUGGCGCGGCUGCUGCUCGCGGGCCCCGUAGUUCCUAUGGGGAAAACGGCUCGUACGGGAGUGGGUCCUCAACAGUGCGUUCUAGUGAUCUGAAUCAAUUGCGUCCGAGCGACAUGACGACGUAUCUUCGCCGGAGCUCUGCGUCUGCACGCCGAAGUGACCCGCGUAACGAACUUCGUCACAGCUACGUCGCGAGCUCACGUCGUAGCGAUACUAGCCUCAUGUACCGUAACCACCAACCCCAAUACGCCGGUAAGGUGUCUCGUAUCAGCGACCCAAACGCUUUCUAUAGCCGUUCAUCGUCUACACCUGCGUAUGCGCCUGAGACCGAGCGAUCCGAAGAUGUCGUACUGGCUCACCGCGUAUCACUCGACGACGAUCAGCGCGUGAGUCUUCACGCUAUCCUCUAG